ACAUUGUAAGAUAUGGACAUCAGAGACUGUUGUCUGUGUUGGAAAUGGCAAGUAGCUUUCUCCCUUUUCCUUUGUAGCUGGGGCUGGGUCUCUGGGCAGCUUCAUUAUUCUAUUGUGGAGGAGGCUGAUCCAGGGACAUGGGUAGGAAAUGUAGCUCAGGGUCUGGGCAUUAAGGGUGCAGAGAUUUCUCAGCGGAGAUUACAUUUAUCAUCUGAGAAAUACCAAAAAUAUUUUGCUGUAAAUAAGGAAAAUGGAGGCUUGACUGUUAAUGCCAGAAUUGAUAGAGAUUUCCUGUGUGGAUCCAGUGUGAACUGUGUGCUGCAUUUAGAGGUGGUUGCUGAAAUUCCUUUAGAGCUUUUUGGUUUAGAUAUAGAGAUUCAGGAUAUCAAUGAUAAUUCUCCCAUAUUUUUAUCUAGUAAGCGCAUCAUUGAGAUUACUGAAUUAUUAAAUCCUGGUGCAAGGUUUACCUUAGAUAUUGCUAAGGAUCUAGAUGUUGGUGUUAAUGGUAUUAGUCAGUACAUAUUAAACACAAAUCCUUAUUUCUCUUUGUCUGUAAAGAAUCGUAAGGAUGGAACUCUCAUCCCUCAACUGAUAUUAGAGAAGGUGUUAGAUAGGGAGGAGAAACAUGAACACAAUCUUAUUCUCACUGCUGUUGAUGGUGGAGAACCUACAAGAUCAGGAUCCUGUCAUAUCACUAUAAUAGUGCUAGAUUUUAAUGAUAAUCCACCGGUCUUUGAUCAACCAGUGUAUAAAAUAAAGCUUAAGGAAAAUGUUCCUUUAAAUACAGUUAUAAUAACUUUAAAUGCAACAGAUUAUGAUGAGGGAGCAAAUGGUGAAAUCCUGUAUUAUAUUGAUGAUCACACAGCAGAAUCCAUUAGAGAAAAAUUUUCUUUGAACGAACAAAGUGGUCAGAUUUAUAUUAAUGGCUCUAUAGAUUAUGAGGAAGUCCAUUUUUAUGAAUUUUCUAUUACAGCAGUAGACAAAGGAUUUCCUAAACUGGAAGGUGACUGUGUCGUUCAUAUAGAAGUAGAAGAUGUUAAUGACAAUUAUCCUGAAAUUUCUUUUUCUUCAAUGACAAAUCAGAUUGCAGAAAAUGUGCCUUUUGGGACUGCUGUUGGUUUCAUUAAUAUAGAAGACAGGGACUCAGGGAAAAAUGGAGAGAUACAAUUUGAACUAUCCCCCAAUACUCCUUUUAAAAUCAGAACUAUUAAAAACCGUUAUUCACUGGUCACUGAUGGGAUUUUGGAUAGAGAAAAUAUAUCCCAAUACACUAUUGAGCUGACAGCUUCUGAUUUAGGGUCUCCUGCUCAGUCUAGUAAGGCGAUUGUUAUUCUCAGUGUUUCUGAUGUUAAUGAUAAUGCACCAAUAUUUACACAAUCUACCUACAAUGCUUUCAUUAAGGAGAACAGUGACCCGGGGACCUUUCUGUGUACAGUGUCUGCUACUGAUGCAGAUGAGGGGGAAAACUCUGAUCUGGUUUACUCCAUAGUGGAGACCCAGAUAGAUGGAUCAUCUGUAUCCUCAUUUGUUUAUAUUAAUUCCAAAAAUGGUGAUAUACAUGCUCAGCGUUCUUUUGACUAUGAGCACAUUCAGACUCUACAAAUCACUAUAAAAGUAGAGGAUUCUGGAUCUCCAAAAUUAUUUUCUACAGUCCCUGUCUUUAUAUUCAUAUUGGAUACAAAUGACAACUCCCCCACCCUGCUGUAUCCAGAGCACUCUGAGGACCUCAUUGUCCAAGAGAAAAUCCCAAAAUCUACAAGUGCGGGAUACCUGGUGACAAAACUGACUGCAGUGGAUCCGGACUGUGGUCACAAUGCUUGGUUGACUUUUAACCUCUAUGAUCCUGGCAGUUCUGCACUUUUCCAAGUGUCUAAACAUACAGGAGAGGUCAGGACUGUGCACGGAUUUCAGGAUAUAGAAAAUACAGAGAAUCAACUUAUCAUCUCUAUCAGUGAUCAUGGAGACCCUCCAUUAUCUACUACUGUCACUGUACUUGUUAUUAUAGCAGAUGAGGUUAUAGUAGAAAAACCAAAAUCUGGUGAUUUAUUCACCCACAAUAAAGCACCAUCAGAUAUUACUUUAUAUUUAAUUGUUUCUCUUGUGGCUAUUAGUUUAGUUUCCCUUGUGACAUUCAUUAUAUUACUAGUGAGAUGUCUGAGGAAAGAAAGUUAUGGUUAUAGCAGCAGUUGCUGUUAUCUUAGUGGGCCUGAGUCCAAAUCAUACAUGGAUCAGUAUCAGCCGGCUCUUUUCCUGAACACAGAUGGAACAUUAAAAUACAUGGAAGUCAGGAUGGUACCCCCAGGAGCACAAGGACAAUGUUACCAAACGAAUGUUCCCCCAGCCCCACAACAGCGGGAUUCAGCUUUUCUGCAGUCUCUACAUUUUCCUCAAUUAAGGGAACUAGUUAAAGACAGUGAUACCUCUUCAGAUACAAGUUGUCUGAAUGAUCCAGCCAAGAUGCUGAAAACAGGAGCAACUGGUCUUCUUGCUGAAUGUAUGAAGGCAACAGGACGACUCCACUACGCAACUCAAAGGACUGCUAAGCUGGAUAAACACAAUCCAAACAGAAUGAGAGCCAGUACACAGAACAGACUGCGCCAUUGCCUCGGUGAACAGGAAACACAUAUAAACUGA